AGUGGAGCAAAUCAUGGCGAAAUCAGGAAGUACGUUGAAGGUUUUGGACGAGACAGUGUUCUUGGUGUACUGUUGCUGCGAGGGAUAUGGAUGUACCAGUGUCACCGAGCCCCACCUCUGCGACACUCAAGGAAAGAUGUGCUGCUACAAGACCACUGGAACUGGAGAUUGCAUCGAACCCUUCGGUCCGGACGGAUGCGUCUUGUACAGCAACAAGUUCUGCUGCAUCUACAGCUUGAUUCAGUUUCCUCCAAAUCCCUGCUUCAUUGAGCUGUGUGGGAUGACGCUGAUGGGCCCGAAGAAAGGAGAGCGUUCGGGUGCUGCGGUUGUCAAUGCAGCCGGAAGGAACUUUGGGGAGGGCAACCUCGAGGAGAUGAAGCAGAGUGCCUACGAAUCCAUCAAGAGUGGCGACUAUGCGAAAGCCAAGGAGAUCGUUCUGCACUUGGAAGCGUCCAAGGCUGCUUCAGGUGUGCCCAACACCAUGUUGAUGGACUGAAGGUGCGGCGUCAGCGCGAGGUCCUAGAGGAGAGGCUUCUGGUCGUCUUCCCUUGACAGUUGGUUUCCGUCGGACCGGACAGUUUCCUUGACUCUGCUAACCACAGUCCUCUCAGCUUUUCACCCACGCCAGUCCUACUGUAACUGAGGCUUCCGAGUCCCCGGGUGGGAAAAUCAGUCACAAAUAAGAUGGCCGGUGAUUGUUAUCGUUUCAAGCCAAUAAAACUCAGUGCGGCA